GUCACUACUAUCAGCUGUUCCUCUCUCCACCCCUUCUCCAUGAUCCUGUCUUCUGCUUGAGAUUGUCCCUCUUACACUCUUUCACUUUUUGCUGCCUCCUUAUUUCUUUACUCUGUACAUUUCUGGCAAAAGAUGGAGAAUAAUAACCAUUCAACUAAUCCCAUAAUUGAUGAGGAGGCAAUGUCUCCAAUCAAUGACAAUCCAGAAUUGCCAAAUCAAAAUGGACUUCCUGUACAAAAUGACCAAUCCCCUGUUGCCAUUAUUUCACAACCCUGUGAGAAAGUUGUGAGUGAUCCACCUGUAGAAAAAGCCAAUGAUAUUUCAGAAGAACUGAACAGACAACUGGAAGAUAUUAUACAGACGUAUGGCUCUGUAAGUGCUGAGAAUCAGAGUUCUGGAUUACAUACAAAGGAAGAUCCACCAAAUGAUGAAGGUGAACAUGAAGAUGUAAAUAAUGAAGGGGCAAAAGACCAGGCUUCUUCAGUUGAUUUCCCAGUGGGCAAAGAGGCAUCAACAAACAAAGAGCAAACAUUGGAGAAGAAAAUUUUAAAAGGACUAGGCAAAGAUGCUACUCUACUUCUCCAAAGCUUGAGCAAGCUUGUCACACCAGAGGAGAAACUAGAAGCUUUGGCAAAGAAGUAUGCAGAGAUGAUUGAAGAACAUCGUGCUGAACAAAAGUUGCUGAAACAGUUACAGAAGCGCCAAACACAGCUCAUAAAAGAGAAGGAUCAACUGCAGGGUGAGCACAGCAAAGCUAUCCUAGCUCGUAGCAAAUUGGAAAGCCUGUGCCGUGAACUGCAAAGACACAACAAAUCUCUUAAGGAAGAGUGUAUUCAACAUGCCAGAGAGGAUGAAGAAAAGCGAAAAGAGAUUACAAACCAUUUCCAAACAACACUGAAUGAUAUUCAAGGUCAGAUUACGCAACAGAGCGAGAGAAAUGCCAAGCUGUGCAAUGAAAACACAGAGUUGGCAGAGAAAUUAAAGACCAUUGUUGACCAAUAUGAAGUCAGAGAGGAGCACCUGGAUAAGGUAUUUAAACAGAGAGAAAUUCAGCAGAAGUUAGUGGAUGCCCGGCUGGAGCAGGCCCAGGAACAGAUGAAAGAAGCUCAGGAGAAACAUAACAGAGAAAAGGACUUUCUGCUGACCCAAGCUGCUGAAUGGAAGUUGCAGAGCAAAAUGCUGAUGGAGCAGGAAACUGUACUUAAAACCCAGAUAUCACUUUAUUCUGAGAGGUUUGAAGAAUUUCAAAACUCUUUGACAAAGAGCAAUGAGGUUUUUACUACUUUCAAAAAAGAAAUGGAAAAAAUGACAAAGAAAAUGAAGAAAUUAGAGAAAGACACAAACACAUGGAAAACAAGAUUUGAGAACUGCAAUAAAGCUCUGUUGGACAUGAUUGAGGAGAAAACGAUGCGGGCCAAAGAAUAUGAGUGUUUUGCGGUAAAAAUCAAUAGAUUAGAAAAGCUGUGUAGAGCUCUGCAAGAGGAAAGAAUUGAACUAUACAAAAAAAUAAAGGAAGCUAAGGCCUCAAAUGAGACCUUGGAAGAAGUGGAAGAAGAAAUCGAUGGAGUUGGCACCUCUGAUCUGGCUGAAACGUGUAGCACUGAACCUUCCGUUAUAGAUGAAAAAAUUAUUAAAGAUCUAGAAAAAGCUUUUAUGGUGACACACACUUUACAAGACGUGUCUGAAGAUAGUGGCUUGGAAUGUCUUCAGUAUGGAAUCAGCGACUUGCCUUCUCAGAUGGAGAAAGUGGCUGAAAGUUGCCCAAUAGCUAAACGUUCCCCAGAUUUGAGCUCCCAGGAACCAUCAAAGAAUGAGUCACAGCAGUCAUCAGCGAAUAAUGACAUGGAAGAUGUAGACUGAUCCAAAAUAUUAUUUAACAUUGAUCUGCAAUUUACUGCUAAUAUUUGAUAGGCACAAUAUAUUAUGUUUAGAGUGCAUAGAAUUGCAAUCCAUUGUAUUGCAAUGUGCGUAUAAUACAAAAAGGGAGAGUAUUCCCUUACAACAAUUUAGAUCACCUGCAAAAAUGCAAUGAAAUCUUAAAGAGAGAUAAAUAUGUUGUGGAAUAAUAUAUUUUUUAACCUGAAUUUGAUACAUUUCAUAUUAUUUUAAUUAAUUUCUAGGGACAUGCUUUUUAUGACUUAGGUAGAGAGUGCAAUUUAAAAAAAGAAUCCAAUUCAUUUCUGUUAUCAAAUUUACCUAUAUAUUUUGAUCUUCUUGAUUAAACUUUAGAUCCUAUCCAUGAGUGAAUACCUAGGUAGGGAACAUGCUUCAUUGCACUAUAUGAUAUGCAACAAUAUAAAACAUAGAGGGCCACAUUACAAGUAGCACUCUAAAUAACAUUUUUGCUUGCACGCUAAAUGCGCUCAAAGUAAAAUUUGAAUGCAGCCAGGUUGAAAGUAAAAAGCGAGAGCAAAAGUCUGAUGUGCGCUAACUUCAGGAUUUUAGAUACCCUGACCGCACUUAUUUGUUCUCCCCAUAGACGUCUAUGGGGCGCGCUGUUAUAAAAAUGUAUUUGUUAUCAUUCGCGUGCUAACCCGGAACUGUGUUAGACAAACAGAGCUAAACCCAAAGGUAGUUAUGAAUACUUUAAAUGUUUAUAUAUAUAUAUAUAUAAAUAUAUAUAUAUAUAUGUGUGUGUGUGUGUGUGUGUGUGUGUGUUUUAAAUAUGUAUCUAUACCUAUAUAUCUAUAUGAAUAUAUACAGAUAUAGAUAUACUGUAUAUUGCAUAUGCAGAUAUAUGUGUAGAAAUAUAAAUUUAUAAAUAAAAAUGAUAUUUUGUUCUAUGGGAAGAACAUUGGAAUUUAAAAUAUUUUUAUUCAAAACACAUUAAAAUGAAUACAAAUUAUAUUGCAUGUUUCAAGGUAUUUGACUGGGAAGGGCUCAACAGUGCAUAUAUAUAUAUAUGUGUGUAUUUGUGUUUACAUGUAUAUUUGCACAUAUAAACACAUAAAUACACAUAUAUAGGCAUAUAUACACACAUACACAUAUACAGAAAAAAAUAAACAAAGCUAUCCAAAAUAAAAAAUUUAAACCUAAACUAAUACCCCUAUAAAAAAUAAAAAAUACCCCCAAAAUAAAAACACCCCCUAAUUAAUACUAAACUACCAAUAGCCCUUAAAAAGGCCUUUGAAGUAUAUUUCUCUAAGUUAAACAGCUCUUUUACCUAAACAAAUUAUCAAUUACCCCCUAACAGUAACCCCCCCCCCACCCACCCACCAAACCCUAAAGGGGCAUUUGUAUGGGCUCUUUUCCAGACCAUUAAAUCCCUUAUCUUAAAAAAAAAAAAAAUCCUAACACUAAGCCCCAAAUAGGUACUCACCAUUCCUAAAGUCUGGCGGAGAAGGUCUUCUUCCAGGUGACUCCAUCAUCUUCUAUCUUUAUCUGGAGCAAAGGCGGUGCGGAGCGGAGGUGCAGAGCUGUGGAUCCUCAGCGGCGGUCCUCACUGGCAGCGCAGAGCUGAGGUGCAGAGCUGUCUUCCCCGAGGUGUGGAUUCUCAGCGGCGGUCCUCAAUGGCCGUGGCGGCAGCGGCAGUCCUCAGCAGCAUGGAGGCUCCUCUUCAUCCAAUGUCCAUCUUACACUAAAGAUUAAAUUCAAGGUACCACAAUCAAUUGGGGGUAGCUUGCAUUCCUAUUGGCUGAAAUUUUGAAAUCAGCCAAUAGGAUUAGAGCUACUGAAAUCCUAUUGGCUGUUCAAAUCAGCCAAUAAGAUUGCAGUAGCUCUCAUCCUAUUGGCUGAUUUCAAAAUUUCAGCCAAUAGGAAUGCACGGUACCCCAAUAAAUAUGGGGUACCUUGCAUUACAUUUUCAGUGUGCCACGGACGAUCGCAUGAAGGGGAGCCUCCACACCGCUGAGGACCGCUGCUGCCAAGGACCACCACCGUUGAGGACCACCGCUGAGGAUCCACACAUCGGGGAAGCCAUCUCCGCGCCACCUUUGCUCCAGGUGAAGAUAGAAGAUGAUGUAGCCGCCUGGAAGAAGACAUUCUCUGUCGGACUUCAGAAACGGUGAGUACCUAUUUGGGGAUUAGUGUUAGAAUUUUUUAUUUUUUUAUUUUCAAGAUUAGGGAUUUAAUGGGCUGGAAAAGAGCUGACUGCCCUUUUAAGGGCAGUAAAAGAGCUGAAUGCCCUUUUGAGGGCGAUGGCCAUACAUAUGCCCCUUUAGGGGCAAUGGGUACUUUAGGUUUUUUAGUGUUAGUUUUUUUUUAUUUUGGGGGGUUUGGUGGGUGGGGUGUUUUCUGUUAGGGGGGAUUUAGUAAUUUUUAAAUGUAAACGAGCUGUUUAACUUAGGUCAAUGCCCUACAAAAGGCCCUUUUAAGGGCUAUUGGUAGUUUAGUUUAGGGGUGUUUUUUUUUUUAUUUUAUUUUUUUUCAUAGGGAUUAGGUUUAAUUUUUUUUAUUUUUGGCAAUAUUGUUUAUUUUUUUCUGUAAUCUUAUUUUUUUUUAUUUUUUGUAAUUUUAGAUUAUUUUUUUUCUUUAACUUAAUGUUCGGUUUUAUUUAAGUGUAACUUAGUAUUGGGGUUAAUUUAGGGGGUGUUAGGUUAGGGGGCUUAGUAAUUAAAUUAAAUUAGUUAUUUGCGUUGUGGGGGGUUGGCGGUUUAGGAGUUAAUAGGUUAAUUAGGUUUAUUGCGAUGUUUAUUGCGAUGUGGGGGUUUGGUGGUUUAGAGGUUAAUAGGUUAGUUAGGUUGAUUGCGAUGUGAGGGUUUGCGGUUUAGGUGUUUUGUUAAUACUUUGUUCGGGAGGUUAGGUUUUUUUUUUGUUAUACUUCGUGUGUGCAGGUGGGUAGGUUUUUUUUGUUAUAAUUUGUACGGGCGGUUACGUGUUAUUUAUUUCUUGCGAGCCGUCACGUGUUUUUUCAAUAUUUCGUGUGGGCGGUUGCGUGUUUUUUUUUUUUAAGGCUUCGGGUUUGCCUACGCUGCAUCCAGGUGGAUUCCGAAAAUGGCAGGGUGUGUGGAUUCUUUCACAACCCUGCCAUUUUCGGAAUCCACCUGGAUGCAGCUUUGUUGCAUCCAGGUGGAUUCUUUUGGCUGCGCACGCAGCCAACAUUCUUUUGGCUGCCUCACACAGCCAACAUUCCUUUGAGGAUGCGUGCGCAACUGAAGACAGCGAUGGACGCGUUACAAACGCAAUAAAAGUAUAGAUAUAUACACACACACACACACACACACACACACACACAUAUAUAUAUAUAUAUAUACAGUAUAUACACACACACACUCACAUUGGAGCCCUUCCCAGUCAAACCGUUUUUAACCCUUUUAAAACAUAUUAAUCAAUAGUAUUAUUAUUAUUAUAUGUGUCUAAUACUUUAUUUUACUGUGUUUUGCAUAACUUUAUAUUUUUUUAAUCCCUUACACUUUACUUUACUAAAAAUUUUUAGCAUAGUUUCGGUUUGCUCUCGAGCACAAACUAUAACUUUUAGAUUGAAAUAGUUUUUUAUUAAACAAUCAGUUCAAUACACAAAUGAUUCCAUGCAAUAUUUCAAGCAGAAUAUAUCAAAGCAAGUUUUACAAUCUCCCCAUGUAUACAAUUCUUUUGACAUAGUAGUCUUGUGUAUUUGAGAUAAUAGCCCUCACAUGGGCGAGAAUCUGUUAUGAAAUGUUCCACUUUUAAAGGGCAUACAUUAAGUAAUACAUAAGAAAAGAAAAAAAAGAAAAAACCCUAAAUAUAACUAACAAACGAACAAACCACUUAUCUGCAUGUCUUCUAAUAACCGUCUUGUAACUAACUUAUAUUCUAUUUCUAAUCGUUAAUUGUCCACUGAGUUCAUUUUAGAGCCCUAGCUUCUCCUUCCUACAGCAGUUUUACAGUCCUUCUUCAUCUGGCUGCUAUUACUCUAGUUACGUAAUUUGUCUUUCAUUUAACACCCAAUAGAACCAUGUCUUAUUGAAAGAUUCCACUGUGUCUUGAAUAUAGGCAGCUGUUUCACACAUAGCAAACAUAUUUCUGAUUCUCCCCAAAAUCUCCCUCCAUUCUGGUACUCCCAAUUUCCAAUAUUUUGCUAUAGCAAUACGAGUCACUGUACACAUUAUCCUAAUAAAUUUAUUUAUAUAUAAAUUGAAUUUUGGGUCAUCUGCACUCAACAACCCUUGCAUAGGUGUCAAUAUAACCUGUUCUUACAGAACUGUGGUGAUCAUUCUGGAAAGGUUCAGCUGAAUCUCCUUCACCUUAGGACAUUCCCACCACAUAUGGAAAUACGUGCCUAAUUGUGUACAUCCUCUGUAACAUUGUCUGGUCCCUCCCCUUACCAUAUGAGCUGUUUUUAAGGGGGUGAGAUACCAGCGAAACAUUGUUUUAAUGCUGUUUUCUUUCAGAUCUGCUCCUAACAGGCCUUUAGUGGAAUCGAAAAAUAUUUGGUUCUAAGUUUUCAGGUCCUGUGUCUUACCUACAUCAGUUUCCCAUUGGAGUAUAACAGUGGGUUUGGAAGUUGUUUUUAUUUCCUGUAUGUAAUAAUAAAGUUGGGAAAUUGCUUGUUUCUGUCUGUGUGUCGCGUAGCAUAACUUUUCAAAAAUGUGUUUUUUAGUCUUGUGAUCUGUCUCAGUUUUAACAUACGUGUUAAUAGCUGAAGCUAUCUGCAAAUAUUAAAACCAUGGUAGUCGUACAGGCUCAAGCUUAUUUUGCAAUUGGUUGAAGGUCAGUAUUUUCUUAUUAUCUAGAAAGUCAGCUAUCCGGUAUAGGUCUUUAUGCGCCCAUUUAUCUAUCAGUCGUCUAGUCUCUCUUGAUAGAAUAUAUCUUAGAGGUCUUAAUAAUGAGGUGGUAGGCAAAAUCAAAUUCCCUCUGUUUGCAACCUUGAUAUGUUUAAUUGUCAUUGUCGUUAUUGGGUUCUGGUAGUCCCCCUUAUGUCCAUAAUUGUCACCUUCCCAUAUAAUGUCUAAUUGAGGCCACAACACAUCACUUUGUCUUCUUCCUAGUAAUGAGUUUUGGGCUAACCUAGCUGCCAGAUAGUAAUCUAUCAAAUUGGGAAGUCCCACCCCCCCCCAACUGUCUAUGCCUUGUAAGUAUUUCCUGCGGUAUCCUUGCCUGUCUAGAGCCUCUCAAAUAUCUAUGAAGAUCUGUUUGUAGCUUUUUCAGCUCUGUUUUAUCUAUGUUUAUUGGUAGAGCCCGAAACAAAUACAAGAUUCUCGGAAGUAUGUUCAUCUUAAUUGAUGAUAGUCUACCAUACCAGGAGAAGUUAUAUUUCCUCCAUUUCAGCAAAUCGGCUCUUAUUAACUUAAACAGGGGUAGGUAGUUGGCUUUGUAUAAUUGAGAAGAUUGUUUGGUUAGUCUAACUCCCAGGUAUUUGAUAUCGUCCUUCACCCAUUUAAAAUCGAAAUUCAUUUCAAUCAAUUUGAUUGUUUGUUUUGGUAAGCCCAAUGAGAGCGCUUCACAUUUUUCUAUAUUUAUCUUGUAUCCUGAAAUAUCUGAAAAUUGUUGUAGAAUCCUGUAAAUGUUAGGGAGUGAAAUAAGCGGCUUAGUUACCGUCAGCAGCACGUCGUCUGCAAACAAUGCUAUUUUGUGGUGUAUGUGUUGUAUCUGCAGUCCUGCAAUGUCUGGGGAGUUUCGUAUGUUCCGCAGCUAAAGGUUCAAUACAGAUAGUGGACAGCCUUGCCUAGUGCCAUUGCGUAUAUCAAAAGCUUUUGAUUGGUGUCCAAUUACUCUUAUAUGUGCUGUCGGUUUAGAGUAUAUGCCUCCCAGUGCCUUUAUAAACGACCCAUCAAAUCCCAUCCUUGUUAGUACUGUAUUCAUAAACGUCCAAACUAUCCUAUCGAAUGCCUUCUCCGCAUCCAAGGAGAGGAUCAGAGAAUGUGUUUGCUUGUAAUGGAGGUAGUCAAGGAUUGUGAUCAUUCGCCGAAUAUUAUCUGGGGCCUCCCUAUUUUUAACAAAUCCGACCUAGUCGGGGUGUAUGAGAAGGGGAAGAAUAUGUUUCAGACGAUUGGCAAGUAUUUUCAGAUCUUGGUUUAUUAAUGAUAUGGGCCGGUAACUAGAACACAUCAUGGGAUUUCUACCUUUCUUAGGAAUAACAAUAAUCUUGGCUUGUAAAAGAUCUUCGGGUAUAGGCUGGCCGUCAAGAAUGUAAUUAGCAAAUUUGACUAUGUGGGGAAUCAGUAGUUGUCUAAAGAGUCGGUAAUACUCUCCUGGGAAUCCAUCAGGUCCCGGAGCUUUCCCUGGUUUAAGCUCUUUAACCGCCGUCACGACUUCCAUCUGCGUUACCUUAGCGUUUAGUUGGUCUUUCUGUUCUGUAGUCAGUUGUGACAGGUUGGCUGAGUCUAGGAAAUUUUCAAGAACCGUCUGAGUUUUGUCAGUUAAUUGAACAUUUUUACCAUCAUAUAGGACCUUAUAGUAUUCUGCAAAGGUGUCCACAAUUUCUUGUGGGUGUGAUGUGACUCGCCCCUCAAAAGUCUGAAUAUUCGGGAUAGCUACUGACUGAUAUGAGUCUCUAAUUCUCUUCGCUAAAUAUUUGUCUGGUUUGUUUGAAUAUAUAAAGUAGUUGGCUUUAAGUCUUUGGGCUGUCUUAACCGAGUUGUCAUUUAACAUAGUGUGUAAGUCUGCCUUUUUCUGUUGCAAGGUGUGGAGUUUAACUUGUGAAUUGGUCUGUCUAUGUUCUCUUUCUAAAAGGAGAAUUUCCUGUUGGAGUUGUGUAUGUCUCAUCUCCGCCUUUUUCUUACAAACUGCUUUUUCUUUGAUUAAUAGUCCCCGGAGUACGAGCUUAUGUGCAGCCCAUACUGAGAGUGGAUUGUCCGUUGUGGCUGUGUUAAUCUUCCAGUAAUCGCUCAUCUCCCUAAGUAUUCUGUUCUUAGUGUCUGGGUAUUUCAAACAAUUUGGGUCAAAAACCCAUGUUUUAACACGUCCUGGGGAUGCCAUGGAUCCCAUAAGAAUUUGUGUGAUGGAGUGGUCUGACCAGACACAUGGGUGUAUCCUGGCUUUUUGUAAAAUAGGUUGCAAUAAUUGGCUGGUAAAUACAUAGUCAAUUUUGGUGUAACAUUUGUGUGCCGAUGAAUAAUAGGUGGUGUCAGUGGUGUCCCCAUAUAGAGUCGCCCAUGUAUCUUGUAUAUAAUGUGAAUCCAACAUCCUGAUAAUUUUUUUGAUCAUCAAGCCCUAAAGUAAGACAAUGGCCUCUAUUUAUGAAAGGUCUUGCGGACCUGAUCCGACAGUGCGGAUCAGGUCCGCAAGACCUCGCUGAAUGCGGAGAGCAAUACGCUCUCCGUAUUCAGCAUUGCACCAGCAGCUCACAAGAGCUGCUGGUGAAACGCCGCCCCCUGCUGACUCACGGCCAAUCGCCCGCCAGCAGAGUGGUGUCAAUCAACCCGAUCGUAUUUGAUCAGGUUGAAUUGCGGCGAUUCCUGUCCGCCUGCUCAGAGCAGGCGGACAGGGUUAUGAAGCAGUGGUCUUCAUUCGGAGCUUGAUAGAUAGGACCCUAUAUCCUUCAAAGUAUGAAAGUCUAAGACUACUAGAUGUAAACACUGGAACUAAGCACAACACAGUCACAUCCUUAUUAAGUACAGUGUAUGGAUCCUUCACAGAGGGUUAGAAGGUGUGAAACCCUUCUUGCAGAAGAAUGUCCACAUGAAAUAUAGUUUUCAGGGUAAAAAUGAGACACAUUUACAGGUUCAGAUGGAGCCUCAAAAAGUGGAUCAAGUACAAGAAUCCCAAGGAGGAGUCAUUAAAAUGAUUCCUGUGCCCGUCAGAAUUUUGUAAUAGACAAAAUGGCAAAAACUUGCAACCAGAAAGCACUAUAACUCAAAAUUGCCAUCAUGAACUGUGGAGAAAUGCAAAUAUGCUUAAGAACUGGAUCAUUCCUGUUGAAAUCCAUUAAGUUUAAUUUUAGAUAACCCCACUGUCCUGACAAAAGCUUCUCUGUGAAGUUGACAUUCUGUCUGCUAGACUGGGACUAGGCAGCCUGCAUUGUAAAUCACAUUUACAUGAAGAUGGACUACUGUGAAUAGUAUGAUAAUUCUGGGCACAAAGAAAAAAUUUACUAUUUUUUCUUGAGAACUGCCAGACUCUUAAUUCCAACCUGGAAAUGUAUAUAUUGGACACUACUGUCUUGUCUGUAACAACUACAAGAGCAAAACUGAUUAGUCCAGAUUCAAUUUUCUUGUUACAAAUUUACCUGUUGAGUUUUUCUUUCAUUUCCAACCUAACUUACUGAGAUCUGUCUUGCUCUGAAUGUCUAAAGGGAAGAAUCUAGCUGAGAUUGUACUCCUGUAACCACCACCCCAGGGGUUCUUUGAGAUAAGAAAGGAAACAAAGUAGUGUUGUAAUGGGGCAUCUGUCAUCUUGUCCAUAAUAUAAAUUGUUUAGGCCAGUUUUCUUAACAUAGUCAUCCAGGUUCUGGCUAUGACAAAUUUGUAUUGUAUGUUUGGCUAUGAGAAAGUUGUAUUGUAUCUGAAUGGUCAACUAAAAUAUACUUUUUUUGAGUCUUUCAUAAAAGAAGAUAUACCAUGACUUCUACAAUGUUAAAUUAGAUCUGAUUCUCUAAAGCUCUCUAGUAUGGCUAAACUAAAGGGGCAGUCAACACCAGAAAUUGUGUUGUUUUAAAAGAUAGAUAAUCCCUUAAUUACCCAUUUCCCAGUUUUGCAUACACGUUUUGUCUCUGUUAUUACCUUGUAUCUAAGCCUCUGCAGACUGCCCCCUUAGUUUAGUUCUUUUGACAGACUUGCUGUUUAGCCAAUUGGUGCUCAUUCCUCUGUAAAUGCAUGUGCAUGAGCUCAAUGUAAUCUAUAUGAAACACAUGAACUAAUGCCCUCUAGUGGUAAAAAACUGUCAAAAAUGCAUUUAGAUUAGAGGUGGCCUUCAAGGUCUAAGAAAUUAGCAUAUGAACCUCCUAGGUUUAGUUUUCAACUAAGAAUACCAAGAGAAUAAAGCAAAAUUUAUUUAUUACCCAUUCCGUAGUUUUGCAUAACCAACAAGGUUAUAUUAUUAUACUUUUUACCUCUGUAAUACCUUAUAUCUAAGCCUCUGCAGGCUGCCCCCUUAUUUCAAUUCUUUUGACAGACUUGCGUUUUAGCCAGUCAGCGCCCUCUCAUAAGUAACGCCACGGGCGUGAGCACAAUGUUACCUAUAUGGCACAAGUGAACUAAUGCAAUCUAGCUGUGAAAAACUCAAAUGCUUUGAGAUAAGAGGAGGCCUUAGCCAUUAGCCUACCUAGGUUUAGCUUUCAACAAAGAAUACCAAAAGAACAAAGCAAAUUUGGUGAUAAAAGCUUAUCGGAAAGUUGUUUGAAUUUGAAUGCCCUAUCUGAAUCAUAACAGUUUAAUUUUGACUAGACUAUCCUUUUAAUUAUGAUUAAAGCAUAUCUGUUUCUGUUCUUUAUCUACUUUCCAAAGGAGAUUUGUUGUUUCUAAAAGUUUCUUCACAUUUAUGUUAGUAUUUUUCAUGGAAAUUCAAAACAUAAUAGACUCCAUGAAGAAAAACAUUGACAUGUUUAUUUGUAUAGCUUUAAUGUACAACAAAUUUAAACACAAUAAAAAGUCAUCUAUAACUCAAGACAAAAUUAGUCCAUAAACACUUUAAAUCCAGCUUUAUUAAUUUAGAAUAUACAUUUUUUUAUAUCCCUGGCUAAAAGUGCACCAUUAAAAGUCCCAUGUGAAAACAAAUACUUUUAGUAGGUUUUAAAACAUUUGAAAUUCAAUCAACCCAAGCAACAAUUUUACCUCCAAUGGCACAUUUUAAGGCAAGUGAGUCUCGGAGAAUGUUUUCAUUAACUUUUUACCUUGAAUAAAUCAAAGACAAAAAAACAUCUAGUGUUAAGUCUUCUGAUGGUAUUAGUUCUUGGGAAUGGUUAUUUUUUUAUGGCUAAAAAAUAACAGUAAAUUUGUAUUCAAGGGCAACAUUUAUAUUUAUUUGGUGGGCAUUCAAACAAUUUACUAUCAGUUACACGUAAUUUGUUUUGAAAAGCAAUGUAUGGGGAAAAAAAAGUUUCCACAUAUGAUGGUUCAGAUCAAUACCUAUAAUGCUUGAAAGAAGGUCAACCAAAGGAAAUAAAAACUUAUCAAAUAUAGGACUUUGCAAACAAUCAAUUCAAAACCCUACAGAAAGCAGUUUUAUUCUUGUGAAGCAUCUCUCAAGAAAUUGGAACAACAUAAAACUAUUCACCACAAAAAUGGUCUAACUACAAACGGCAAAAAUAUAAAAUCACAACAGUCCGCAUAUGUGGAAAAGGGUAUUCAAAGGGACUUGGUGAACAAAAACCAAGAGCAUAUAUAUAUAUAUAUAUAUAAAUAUAUAUAUAUAUAUAUAUACACAUACACACACUUUUUUCAUAAAAAAGACCCCUUUAAAUUGUAAAUGUUUAAAUGUGUAGUGUUAAUUAACAGUAAAGUAGGUUAACUUAUUUAGUGGUUUAAAAUUGUGCUUGAACACUACCAAAACAAAGCAAGCCUAAUGUGUAACAAAAUAGUAUAUGUCAGAAAACGAUACACAUCUCAAAACCUAUUUAUGCAGAAAUAUGUCUAAUGCAGUGCAUAGGCUACCUGAAUUAUAUAUAAAGCUUUAAUGGCAAACACUUAGAUAAUAAGUAGGUGUUGUACUUUAUUAGGGGGGUCUCUCUCUCUCUCUCUCUCUCUCUCUCUCUCUCUCUUCAGAUAGAGCAUGCAAUUUUAAGCAACUUUGCAGGAAUGAAAGCUUUGGAGCCAGCCAAUUUUUGGUUCAGUACCCUGGAUAGGGCUUGCUGAUUGGUGGCUACAUUUAGCCAUCCAAUCAGCAAGUGCAACCCAGGUUCUUAACCUAAAAUGGGACGGCUCCAAAGCUUUUAUUCCUGCUUUUUCAAAUAAAGAUACCAAGAGAACAUAGAAACAUUUAUAAUAGGAGUAAAUCAGAAAGUUUCUUAAAGGGACACUGAAACCAAUUUUUUUCUUUCGUGAUUCAGAUAGAGCAUGCAAUUUUAAGCAACUUUCUCAUUUACUCAUAUUAUCAAAUUUUCUUUAUUCUCUUGGUAUCUUUAUUUGAAAUGCAAGAAUGUAAGUUUAGAUGCCGGCCCAUUUUUGGUGAACAACCUGGGUUGUUCUUGCUGAUUGGUGGAUAAAACCAAUAAAAAUGUGCUGUCCAGAGUUCUGAAACAAAAUAAAAGCUUAGAUGCUUUCUUUUUCAAAUAAAGAUAGCAAAAGAACAAAGAAAAAUUGAUAAUAGGAGUAAAUUAGAAAGUUGCUUAAAAUUGCAUGCUCUAUCUGAAUCAUGAAAGAAAAAAUUUGGGUUCAGCGUCCCUUUAAAAUUGAAUGCUCUAUCCGAAUCAGGAAAAAAAAUGGGUUUAGUGUCCCUUUAAAGGGACAGUAAACACCAGAAUUUAAGUUGUUUAAAAAGGUAGAUAAUCCCUUUAUUACCCAUUCCCCAGUUUUGCAUAACCAACACAGUGAUUACCUUGUAUCUACGGCUCUGCAAACUGCCCCCUUAUUUCAGUUCUUUUGACAGACUUGCAUUUUUAGCCAAUCAGUGCUUGCGCUUAGGAGCUUCACGUGCCUGAGCUCAAUGUUAUCUAUAUCAGACAUAUGAACUAACGCCCUCUAUUGGUGAAAAACUGUCAAAAUGCAUUCAGAUUAGAGGUGGCCUUCAAGGUCUAAGAAAUUAGCAUAUAUACCUCGUAGAUUUAUCUUUCAACUAAGAAUACCAAGAGAACAAAGCAAAAUUGGUAAUAAAAGUAAAUUGGAAAGUUGUUUAAAAUUACAUGCCCUAUUUAAAUCAUGAAAGUUUUUUUUUACUUGACUGUCCCUUUAAGAUACAUGAGCAAUGUCUAAAUUAGGACAACCGUAACCAUGUGUAAACCUUUUAAGCAUUAAACAUGUUAAGCCUAAA